AUGGCUUAGUAAAAGGGGAAGAAUAGGAGCAACUACAGGAUAAGGGAGGGGGAUUGGAUUUGUAGUAAUUGCAACAAUAUGAAUUUUGCGUUUCGAGAUUCUUGCAAUCGAUGUUAUGCUGCGAAGAAUAUAAAAUAUAAUGAGAGCAAUGGAUUCAAAUCUGCGCUUUUUUUAACGGAGAGCAAUGGGGAUAUACCUCCUAUUUCAGAUCGAUCAAAUAAAUCAUCAGGAGAGAGGACUGAAAUUGGGACUAAUAACUUUUCAUUUGAUAAAUUGCCUUCUAUGAAACCAAUUUUAAAACAGAUAACCAAAGAGACAUGUAAAAUCAAUUAAAAUAUGAAGAACCAAAAUAUGAUUACUUUGAGUUUGAAUGGCUAUGCAAAUAAUGCCAAUAGAUUAAUUAAUACUAUAAAAUACACUGCGUUGAAUGUGGGGCUUAGAGGCUGA